AUGUGUCUGUCCGCCGCUCCGAUGUGUUCGUUUGCGCUAGAGUUUUUGCUGAUAUGUUGCCAGUAUGUAACUAUUGCUGCGUCUGAAGCCAGCCGUCGACCCACGACACCCGAUCACAAAGCAGCACAGCACAUUGAUUCACUCCUCACCUGCAUUCUGCCCAUCUGCUGCGACAUCACUUGCCCCACCUCUCAUUCUCCUUCUCCAACAGUUCGUCUUUUGAAAAUGUCCGAUGAAAAUGUCUGCGAUACUGUAGAGUCAGACGAGGCUGACCUACUCGACGUCAUCAAUAUUCAACAAAGUACAGGCACAGCAGCAAUUGCUGAAAUGGUCGCGAUGAAACUGCAUGAUGUACCGAAUCGUCUUGUCAUCGCACCCGACGAACCAUCGGGCAUGGAUUGCUUUGCUGACGAUCGAGAUGCGUUAAAUGAUUUUGCCAAGUACUAUAACAAUGCUCAUCUUAGCGAUGUGAACAUUAUUGUAGGAGAUGAUACGUGA